UCGAAAAGUGGAGCUCAGCGCGGCGAUGGCUGCGGCUAACUAGGACCGACAACUCUGGACAUCCGAAAAACAUCCUGAUUGCUUCCCCCAUCCACGACAAAUUCUCAGUCCUGGCGAGGGAUGGUGGGCACUCUAUGGGUGUAGACUAUCCGGUCUAUCAUGUCUCAACAUUCGCAACAUGACGCUGCUGGUGUCCCUGUUCAGCCGUCGUUGUCAUUCACCCAGGGCUUCCUACUAGGCCAGCUCUCCGUCGUGCUCUUGAUUGGCGCUUUCAUCAAGUUUUUCAUCUUCGGAGAAGCUCCAGCGCCACCGUCUCGCGGGCUUGCUAGUCGCACGGCCGCUCACCGUCGCUCAUAUUCCAUUAACCAGGCCGAUCUAAAUGGGAACAGCCCGAAAACGCUGCGCGAGAAGCCGUCGACUUCCAACGUCUUGCGUCCCGUGCCGUCGUCGGCGACCAACACACGCUCGAUUCUGAGAAAGACAUACUACAACGCCGUCCCCACACAGUACUCGAAUAAACAUGGGCGAAAUCGAAUACAGCAUUCCACUCAUCAACCCGAGUCGCUGGAUUGGUUCAAUGUUUUGAUAGCGCAGACUAUCGCCCAGUACCGCCAGACUGCAUACCUGCUCAAAGACUCGCCGACGUCGUCAAUUCUAGACUCUCUUUCUGCGGCGAUUAAUGAUCCUGUGAAAAAGCCGUCUUUUAUUGAUACAAUAAAGGUUACAGACAUAUCCAUAGGCGAAGAAUUCCCUAUAUUCAGUAAUUGCCGCGUCAUUGCCGUGGAUGAUGUGAAUUUAGACGGUGGCAGGCUGCAAGCGUUAAUGGAUGUCGACCUCAGCGACGACAACCUAUCGCUUGCCAUUGAAACAUCAUUGAUACUCAACUAUCCAAAGCCACGCUCUGCAGUGCUCCCUGUUGCCCUGUCGGUCUCCGUGGUUCGGUUUUCCGGCACUCUGUGCAUUUCGCUUAUCCCUGCUAGCACGUCGACAACCCCUCAAACACCUCCUGCUGCUCCAACCCCAGACCCAAUUCAACAGGGAGCCCGCUCGUUCUUCCAGCAUCUAUCCACCGAUGCUGAUGGCGCGACUGGGCCUGCAUCGCCGGAUCCUCCGAAAAAGGGGGUUCCGAAAACCAAUCUUGCAUUUUCAUUCUUGCCGGAUUAUCGGUUGGAUUUGUCUGUCAGGUCGCUGAUUGGUUCUCGCAGUAGAUUGCAGGAUGUGCCAAAGGUUGCGCAGUUAGUAGAGGCUCGCAUCCACGCCUGGUUUGAAGAGCGGGUAGUCGAGCCUCGCGUGCAGGUUGUCGGACUACCAGACUUCUGGCCGAGGAUGGGCAGGACGGGGGUGAGAGCUGGUGACGAUGCAGAUGCAGCGACUUCUGCUUCUGCUUCGUCCCGCGGUGGGCAGGCUAGGCCGGUCGUUGUGGCCCCUGGGUCAGAGGAAGCUAUUCUGGAAAGCGACACAGAGCAAGAACAGCAGCCAGGGGGAUUGAGGUUUCGCGGUCCGUCGAAGUUUGACUCUGCUAGGGGUGAUGCUAUCCCCAGGGCUGGUGGGCAGGACUUUGAAAUACCAGGCUCAUUGCCGGGUAGUGCAUUAUGACCAAUAUGGUGUUCUAAAAAACAACCUGAUGUUGUGCUUGGUAGAUUCUGAUGGAAAUG